UGCGUAUGUUGUCAUAUGAUACUGAUGAGAGGACUGAUCCCACUGCCGAGCCAGCGAGCGUCACUGGCGUCAUCUGUGAAAAACAAAGGCAACUUGAGCACUUGUCAGGGAUGAGAUGCUGUAGCCUGACAUUGUUUGGUGGUAACAGUCGAUAAUAUGCGGAGGAUGGACUGCCGGGGAGUUCUGUCUGCGAUAUGCGCCGCUUAUUUCAUAGGCAUGGUGCUGAGCCAGACCACACUAACUCCUGCUGUGAUGAACACCACUUUCAUUGAGAAUGUGACCAGUCUGACUGUGACUCCCGUGAUUCUCAGCAGCACAACCCCGGGCUGCGCUGCAUUCAACACUUCUACUUGUGAGCCCUGUGCACCAGGAUCGCAGUACGACAACAACACCCUGCUGUGUGCGUGCUGUUCUGACCCCGGGCUGUGUCUAUUUCCCGGAGCCUGUCUACCGUGCACCAGAGGUUUCUAUCAGCCACUAGCUGGACAGCUGCAGUGUCGGCCCUGCGACCGUGGCUUCUACACAAAUUUCACAGGAAGUCCAUUAUGUCACCCGUGCCCUGCUGGAUCCUUCAACAACAACACUGGUGGAGAAAGUUGCACAAGUUGCUCACCAGGCUUCUUUUCAUCGCAGCAGAGUUCCACUUCAUGUACACCGUGUGCACUAGGAAGCUUUUGCAACUCCUCCAGUUGUCCCCGGUGCCAGAUGUGUCCUGGAGGAACAGAAGCUCUGCAAACCGCUGCUAAAGACUGCACACAGUGUCGGCCAGGCAUGCAUAAGGCCUCCCAUCAGACUAUGUGUCAAAUCUGCAGCAGUGGCUUCUACCAGAUCCGCUGGGGCCAGGAAAGCUGUGAUGUAUGCCCAGAGAACCACUACUGCCCUAGUCCCGACGUGAACCCCAUUCAGUGUCCCAGCGAUGCAUUUUGUCCACAGGGCAGCUUGGCCCCAGGCUACUGCAUGGAAACUUUCUUCCGCAAAGCAGGAGACACUUGUGAACUGGCUCCUGUCACUAUUGCUCUUUUAGUUAUUGGAGGAGGAGUGGCCGUACUCUUUAUCAUUUUAAUGGUACUGCGUCGACGGAGAGACAACGAUGGAGAGCUGACUGUAGCCCGGGCUCCAUUAUUACGCAAAGAGCGACCUCAGGGUCGAUACUAUGGGAUCCCCGGUGACGCAGAACCUGUGUAUGCUGGCUGGUAAACCAAAGGACUUUAACUUAGCUUUUCCUAAGAGCAUGAAACCAACUGAAGUCUUGUCUCCAUAUGGGUCCCAUCUAAAGACAAAAGAACUGAUAGAAGAAGACUGACGGUAAAAUCUUGGACUGGUGCCUUGAGAGUACUUUGACAGUCCACCAAAUUUUUCUAUGUGGUACAUUUGAAAAUAUAAUUGAGAAACGGAAUUUGACCCUUUUGUGAAUUCUUGUAGUUUGACACUGUUACAGUUGUUCCACUCAGAGAUGAGCGCUCCUUUUCUAAACAAGGUUAAUGGAUUAUGAGAGGUAUGCUGGAACGGUCAGAAUAAGAUGAGUGCCUCGACUGGGUGGGAACCUCUCUCUCUUAUGAAACGCACUUUUUUUUACAGAGGUAAUUGGUUUACUUUGCACUUGUGUGUUGGUAAACUGGUGGGUGCCUCCAUUAACA